GGUCUGAGCGAACUUUCCGUGGUGUACGUCACGGCGCCGUCCCAUGAGGUGGCCAAGAAGCUGGCGGCGAUGCUGGUGAAGGAGCGACAGCUGGCCGCCUGCGUCAACAUCGUGCCGGGCUUGACGUCCGUGUACGAGUGGGAAGGCGUCGUUCAGGAGGACACGGAGGCGCUGAUGAUUAUAAAGACGCGGUCGGCCCUGCUGGAGGAGCUGACGGCCGCUGUUGUGCAGCAGCACCCGUUCGACUGUCCUGAGGUACUGGCUUUGCCCGUGCAGGGAGGCAGCGCCCCGUAUCUCAAGUGGGUCAGCGAUACGGCGAGGGGCAAGCCGGAUCAGUGAAGGGCAGGUACAGGUGGAACUCUAAUUACGACUGCGGGAUAGCUUCCCCUUCUCGCAAUCUGGUCACCUGCUGGUGCGCUGUUACAGUUUGCGUUGUGUAUGGUUAAUUAAUCUUCGGGAAGGUUGGUGCUCAUUGACGUGUAAUGGAAUGUGGGUAUGCAUUUGUUGUUAAGGGAGCUGGUAAAUGCCACAAUGGCAAGCUUUCACAUUUUCCCGACGCCUAACAGUGAUUUGUAAUAAAUAACCUUUGUAAUUG